AUGGUGAAUAUCACGGAGAAGAUCAAAGAAAUCGAAGAUGAGAUGCGCAGGACGCAGAAGAACAAGGCCACAGAAUACCAUUUGGGUCUUCUCAAGGGAAAACUUGCCCGUCUAAGGGCCCAACUCCUCGAACCCACCGGCGGCAGCGGUGGAGGCGGCUCCGGCUUCGACGUAAGCAAGAGUGGUGAUGCACGAGUAGCCCUUGUCGGUUUCCCCUCUGUCGGUAAAUCCACUUUCCUGUCCAAGAUCACCAAGACCAAGAGUGAAGCCGCGGCGUACUCGUUCACUACGCUCACGGCUAUCCCGGGUGUGCUGGAGUAUGGGGGCGCUGAGAUCCAGAUUCUGGAUUUGCCGGGUAUUAUUGAGGGUGCUGCUGAGGGAAAGGGGCGUGGGAGGCAGGUGAUUUCUGCUGCUAAGACGAGUGAUUUGAUUCUGAUGGUCCUUGACGCUACGAAACGUGCCGAGCAGCGAGCUCUGCUCGAGGCUGAAUUGGAUGCUGUUGGCAUUCGGCUCAACAGGGACCCUCCCAAUAUCUACCUCAAACAAAAGAACGCCGGCGGCAUGAAAAUCACCUUUCAAACACCGCCCAAAUCCCUCGACGAAAAGAUGAUCUACAACGUCCUCCGCGACUACAAGAUCCUCAACUGUGAAGUCCUAGUCCGCGACGAAAACGCCACAAUCGACGACUUUAUCGACGUAAUCAUGAAAGACCACCGCAAAUACAUCCGCUGCCUCUACGUGUACAACAAGAUCGACGGCGUCAGCCUGGACUUCCUCAACGAGCUCGCUCACGAACCCCACACCGCAGUGAUGAGUUGUGAGCUUGAUCUCGGUGUUCAAGACGUCGUUGACAGGAUCUGGAAAGAGCUUAGAUUAAUCCGUCUGUAUACGAAGAGAAAGGGCGAGGAGCCGGAUUUCUCGGAGGCGCUAAUUGUGAGACAUAACUCGAGUAUUGAGGAUGUGUGUGAUCAGAUUCACCGGACGCUGAAGGAGACGUUUAAGUAUGCGUUAGUUUGGGGGGCUAGUGCGAGGCAUAUUCCGCAGAGAGUGGGAUUGGGGCAUGUUGUUGCUGAUGAGGAUGUUGUUUCGAUUGUUGCCAAGUAA